UGCACCCAACCCACCUAAGUACUUAAUCUGCAACCCUUUCGCUCCCUCGAUGCUCUAGAUCCCACCUAUAUUCGCUCGUUACUCGAUUUUGCUCGUUAUACACAAUGCAGCAACACUCGAACACGGUUCAUCUUGCCGUCAAUGCCUCACUUGCGUCUACCGCGCCAGGCCGACCCGUUACCCCUUCAUCUGCUGCAGGGACCGUCUUGCUGGAGGGAUGGGCACUGAAGAAACGGCGCAAACGGAUGCAAGGCUUCGCUCGCCGGUAUUUCGUGUUAUAUAACACCGGUCUACUUUCCUAUUCUCUGGAACCUGGACACCCGCCUAGAGACCAGGUGCAACUAACACAAGCCGCGAUCUCCAAUUCGCGUGGACGCAGGGAUAUCCAUGUGGAUUCGCACAACGCGACCUUCCAUAUCAAGUGUCUCAGCGAAGAUGACUUUGACGUCUGGAUGACGGCUUUCCGCAAGAUACUCGCGCAAGAGAUGCCCAAGUCAAGACGUUCGUCCCUCGCGCGCUCCUCCACUCGCGGAAAUUUCCAGAUCGGGAGAGUUGCGAUGCUCGUGGAAGAGAUGGGCAACACGAUUGCAGAGCUAGACGGCGCGUUAUCCACUUUCGAAGAGGAAGAGCGAAAGCGGAAGCGAGUCAGUACGCGCUCGAAGUCCGAAGGCGGCAAGGAGCACGGCGUCCUCGGGCUGUUCAGGAAGGGGCAUCACCACGAGUCAUCGCAUCUCGGCGUGCCGGAGGCCGGCUCGGCGGAGUCGCCCUCGUCGUCAGAGCUGCUGAAGCGCAUGGCGACCGCUUUGGAGCAGCUCAAGAAUCAGCAUUCCGCGCUCGGGAAGACGUUCCACUCAUACCCGUCAAUCGAUACCACCAUAGUAGGGUCGCCCCUGCCAAGUACCGCGGAAGAGGACGACGAAGUGCACACGCCAACGACAGUGGGGCCGGGUGGCAAGCGCAUGUCCGCGUUCAGCACACAUAGCGGCAGCAGUGUGUGGUUUGACGCGCCCGAAUACGACGGCCCGGAGGAAUAUACGUUGGACGUUACUCCGCCUGUCGACAGCCAAGAUAACAACUUCUUUAACACGGACUCCCGGCUUACGGAUCACACGGAGGCAAGCACGGAAGCAACGGAAGCGGGUUCGAGCACGGGUAUGGACACCGACAGCGAGUCCGAGGUGUCCGCCGAGAAGAGCUUCACGGAGGAACCUACGGUUAUCCAUCGCAGGACUAGUUUGCCCUCCGGUCCAGUGGGCGACGAAGGCAGCCUCUUCGCGGUUCUGAAGAAGAACGUCGGAAAGGAUUUGUCUAAGGUCGCGUUACCUGUGACAUUCAACGAACCUCUCACGAUGCUCCAGAAAGCGGCGGAAGAGCUCGAGUACUACGAUCUUCUUGCACAAGCGGUACAAAGCCAAGAUCCAGUUGAGCGGAUAUGCUAUGUCGCCGCCUUCGCUGUCUCGACCUACGCAAAUACCAAACAUAGAACGGGACGGAAAGGAUUCAACCCCAUGCUCGCGGAGACUUUCGAAGAAGUGAGGAUGCACUUUAUCGCGGAGAAAGUCUGCCACAAUCCCGUCAUUAUGGCGUGGCAUGCCGAGGGAGAGGGUUGGGAGCUUUAUGCUACGUCCAGCGGGAAAACCAAGUUCUGGGGCAAGAGCAUGGAAAUUAUACCACAAGGGACGAUACACCUGAAACUCGGGGAGGAGCACUACCAGUGGACUCGACCCUCGUCAUUCAUCCGAAAUCUCAUGAUGGGCACCAAGUACCUCGAGCACAUCGGCAAAAUGAUGAUCAAGAAUACGAGCAGCGGAAACUCAUGCACGCUCGACUUCAAAGAAGGAGGCUACUGGGGCCCCACAAACGUCGUCUCGGGCGUCGUGAACUCCCCUUCCGGCGAGCAGGUGGCUAAUCUCGAGGGCAAGUGGGACGAGCAGGUGGCACGCAAGCUCGACUCGUCGCACCUCCACGUGCUCUGGCGGAUCACGCCCUUCGCGAAGAACGCGGGGCAGUACUACGGCUUCACCGCGUUCGGCGUCACGCUGAACGAGAUCACGCCGGACCUGGAGGGCAAGCUUCCGCCCACGGACUCCCGAUACAGGCCGGACGUGCGGGCGCUCGAGAAUGGCGACCUCGAUGGCGCAGAGAGGGAGAAGCAGCGCGUGGAGGACAUGCAGCGUGACCGACGGACAAGAGGACAAGAGUGCAGCCCGCGCUGGUUCAAGCAGGUCGGGGACGAGUGGGUGUACACCGGCGGGUACUGGGAGCAGCGCCAACGGGGAUGGACAGACGUUGAGCCGCUGUGGUGACAUAUCUAUCUCACCGGACUAUCGUAACUUACAGUAAUAGCAGGAUUGUUUCGCAUUC